GAUGUAGGAUCUGAAUCAUCUGAAGCUGGAAGGCUAUUCCUCGUACCCUGCCUCUUUAAAGACUUCAAGUGUAAUCCUGAUGACCUUGUGGAAAAUAAGUUUCCUAUGAUAUGUUUCUACAUGGACUUCAAAGGGUUCCUUCCAAGCGGACUCUUCCAUAAGGCACUUGUUAGGAUUAUUGACUGGUCUCAGGAACAAGGAGGUCGUGAUUUGCCUCUUUAUCGCAAACGUGGAGAGUUCUAUUUAGAUCAUGCUCACAGCAUGGUCUUGCAGUUAAGUCCACUUGACAAGUCAAUGGUUGAGGUUAUGACUCUGAGGGUUGAUGGAAAAGCACAGGAACCUUGUAAAAGAAUUUGUAGAAAGGUGUACAUGUUUCUAAAAGCGUGCUUUGGUGAUAUCUGUACAAUAUGGGCGAAAGGUCUGGACUACCAAUUUGCUAUUGCAUGUGAUCAAUGUAAACGUGACAAACCACAUCUGCAUCCAUUUGAAGAUUGUCAAACACCAAGUGUUCAUUGUGCCGUCUUCAAACGGAUGGAUGUGACCAAAUACCAGGAGAGCUUCCUGAAAGAACAUCACCAAUCAACUUGCCCAGAUUGCAGCCUUUGCGGAAGUGACCAAAGUCCUGCGCGCCCAAUCGGAGCAGCAGCAAGUGAAAUUCACCAGAAAACAGAGGAAGUGUCAGCUUCAGCCCAAAAAGAAGACUUCAAGAAAGCCGCUCAAGUGUCAACUCAAGGUUUUGCAGUACAUGAGUCAGUAUUUCCAAGAGUGCUUCUAACAGUCUCACAGAGCAUCGGUGCAGAUCUUAACAUAUGGAAAGUGGCCCUCAAAGAUGAAAUUAUGAAUGCAAAUACUGUACAUAAGGCAGCAGAGGCAACUGAGCUGUUUGAUGCUCUGAGGGACACUGCCAAACUAAAGGCAGAUGAUAUAAGCAUCCUGUUAGAGACCAUUAAGCUCACCGGUGUACUUCGUUUGCAGAACCACAUCCCCAACUGUCCACGCCUUGAUAAUAUCAAGAUCACUCACUUCUCAAAGUUCAGGCAGUCUGUGAUGGCCUUUGGAAUGCAACUUAUCGACCGUGACAUUAGGUUGAUUGUACAGCGUUAUGAGCUUCCUGGCCAAUACAGUGACAAGUGGUCACUUGUAAUGGACUUGGAAGAUAAUCUCAUACUGGCAGAUGAUGAUAAGUUUGAUGAUUUCAAACAUGUGUUAGAUAAGCUAGGGCUGAGAAGACUCCGCCGACAGUUACACAGUGACCGAAGUCCUGCAAAGCCAAUCGGUUUGUAA